CUUUGACAGACUGAUGUUUCCGCAGAGAAACCGCGCAGCAUCGUUUCUGCGCAUUUUCUCAUCCUGUCAAGAGAACUGCAGCUGAUCCGGAUCAACACCAGAACGGAUCCGGAUCAACACGAGAGCGGAUCCGGAUCAACACGAGAGAACCUGCAGCUGAUGCACACAGACAUAGACCUUCAUCAUCUCCUGCAGAGAGAGUCUUCCUCACCGGUGAUGUUGUGUGUUCUGAAGCAGCAUCCGUGACGUCGUUGUGUGUUUCACUGUUUCUGUGACGUCUGCAGAAUCAAACCCGUCAGCUGGAUCCAACAUGGCCGCUCCAGUUGCAUUGUGUGUAUGUGUCCUGCUGCUGCUUCCUGCUGCGACUGCUCUUCAGUCUGAGGACAUCGAGUGUGCCUUCACCGACAACCUGCAGGGGGCGGGGCCUCACAACGGACCAACCAAUGAGCUGCGAGGAGUGGUACGAGAGAACGGCACGAUCCUCUGCAGCCGCGGCUCCCGCUGCUAUGGAUUGUGGGAAAAACAAGCAGACAGUGAAAUGCACCUGGUGAAUCAAGAUUCGUUUCCUUCAGGUUGUUGGGCCGGUGACCAGCAGGAGUGUCAUGGUGAGCGUUGCCUGGUAACGACCGGCAGCUACCGGUUCUGCUGCUGCAGCCGCGACUUGUGCAACGCCAACUUCACAGAGGCCCCGCCCACUGCUGCCCCCCCCGCCCUGAGACUGAUGAAGAGUGGUGACAGACAGACAGAUCAGCUGACGCCAGAGGAGACGGCGCUUGUCGCUCUGGUAACUGUUGCCAUAGCAGCCAUUCUCAUCAUGGCACUGUUCCUGGGAUACCGGAUGAUGAGAGGGAGACAGAAGCAGGCUCUGGACGCUCUGGACGCUCUGGAGGCCGUGAACACUGAGUCUGUCGAUCUGGACAAUCUGAAGCUGCUGCAGCUGAUUGGUCGAGGUCGUUACGGCGUGGUGUUUCGUGGCAGUCUUAACGAGCGCUGCGUGGCCGUCAAAGUCUUCAGCUCGGCUAACCGGCAGAACUUUGCUAACGAGUGCUCGAUCUACUGCCUCCCUCUGCUGCAGCAGCAUGACAACAUCAGCCGCUUCCUGACGGCUGAUGAGAGGACGACAGCUGACGGACAGACGGAGCUCCUGAUCGUCAUGGAGUACUAUCCACAUGGCUGUCUGUCUCACUUCCUGUCCGUCCACACAGUGGAUUGGUUGACGUGCUGCCGGAUGUGUCAGGGUGUGACCAGAGGUUUGUCCUUCCUGCACACUGAGCUCUACAGAGCAGACCAGUACAAACCGGCUGUGGCUCACAGAGACGUCACCAGCAGGAACGUUCUGGUCCGAGCCGACCGGUCCUGCGUCCUCGCCGACUUCGGGUUGUCCAUGAGGCUGACGGGACACCGGCCCUGUCGCCCCGGAGACGAUGACACAGUGGCAAUAUCUGAGGUGGGGACGGUGCGGUACAUGGCGCCGGAGGUUCUGGGCGGAGCGCUGAACCUCCGGGACUGUGAGUCGGCUCUGAAGCAGGUGGACGUUUAUGCUCUAGGACUUCUUUACUGGGAGAGCUUCAGAAGAUGCAGCGACCUGUUCCCAGGUGAAACCGCACCAGAGCACCAGCUGGCGUUUCAGGCCGAGCUCGGGAAUCAUCCGAGCUUCGACGAGAUGCAGAUCCUCGUCGUCCGAGAGAAACACAGGCCGAGGUUCCCUGACGCCUGGAAGGACAACAGUCCGGUGUUGCGCUCACUAAAGGAGACGAUGGAGGACUGCUGGGAUCAAGAUGCUGAAGCUCGACUCACGGCUCAGUGUGCAGAGGAGAGACUGACUGAACUCACACUACUGAGUACACACACUGCAAUACACAACAACAGGAAUCUGUCUCCUCGAGUUGGCUCCGCCUCUUUCCACAUCGAGGACCUGCAGGUGGGCGUGGUCAAAAAUCUCCAGGGAGACCCACACCUUCCAUCUGUUGUCAAGGCAACGACGAGUGGAGCAGAAGAAAGAAAUCGAAAAUUAAUAAACUACGAACGACAGAAGAGUCAAGCUCGCUUGUCCUCUUUGGACGCCCCCCCCAGCCUGAUGCCUGCCACCGUCCCUGAAUCUGAACUCAGGCGUGGCACUGUUUCCGUCUGCCUGCAACUGACAGAAGAAGACCUGGACGCCACCAAGCUGGACCCCAGAAAGGUCGAUAAGAACCUGAGGGAGAACUCUGAUGAGAACUUAAUGGAACAUUCACAGAAGCAGUUCAGUUCACAUCCACAAAUCACCAAUCUGCUGUCACCGGCUCCACAGACCAACCAGGUGAACAACUCUGUGUCGACUCAUCAUGGUGAACUGGGGGGGGUCGAUGCUCCUCCGUCCUCCUCCAUCCAGCCCCUCCCCAAACAGCAGAACUUGCCCAAGAGACCCACAAGCCUCCACCUUCUCCCCAAAACCAUGGAGACACUGUCGGCCUCUUCUCGGCGGAAGUUGGAGAAGCUCAAGUCGAACCACAGACAGAACCACUUCCUGUUUCAGGUGGAGAUGGGCGUGGCUAAGAUGAACACCGUUCCAGUUGCCACCGCAGCAGAGCCCCACUUGGUCACCACGGUAACCAACACCAGCAGCACUCGAGGCAGCGUUGGGAAUCUGGUCCAGUCCAUCACGCUGGCUGCCAGCAGAUACAGCGGGGGGGUCCCCAGCCUGCUGACCAACAGCAUGGUCCCCGGAGGUCGAACCAACCCGGCGGGUCCACGGCUGGAGGACGAGGACAGCGUGGAGGAGGGGACGAUCACACGAGAGGACACUCAUCUGAAUCUACUCAACUUCAGUCCUGACGAAGACGAGCCGCUGCUGAGGAGAGGACAACCUCCGGACAAAAGCCGAGACCUUCCUCAUCAGUCACGAGCCUCAGGACGAGGAUCCAACUCCAACAACAACAACAACAGGACGGUGGUGGGAGCAGAGGUCAAGAUCCAGGAUCCAGAGGUUCCAGCUGAGAGGAUGAAGGGUUCAGAGGUCGUUCAGGUCAGAGACCUCAUCAGUCCCAAGCCUGAGCAGAUUAAUGGAGCUCCAGCUACACAAGCUCAAGAUCCAGCCCCCAAACUCCCAACCCUCUCAAACGUCUUAGGUGUAGAAACCCAAACCGAUGCUGAGGAUCCAGCCUCAGAUCCAGCUCCAGAAUCUCAAGAUUUAGAAACCACUGCUCCUAAUGAAGCCUCAGAUCCAGAACCUACAUCCAUAGAUCAGAAGGAACAGACCAGAACCAGCAGACCUGAGCGUCCCUGUUCUCUGGACCUGUCCUUCCCUUCUUCAGACGAUGUCUCUCUGACAGAUAACGUGAGCGCUUCAGGAGAGAAGAUCAAACGUCGUGUGAAGACGCCUUACACUCUGAAAAGAUGGCGUCCAGCCUCGUGGGUUGUUACCACGGAUACAGCUCUCGACCCAGACUUUGGGUUCGAUUCCGACGGCGUCAACGUCCGAACUCACGUGUCUCCUAGUAGAGCCAGAAGGCUCCCGAAGCUCAGCCAGUCCAGAUCCAGCAUGGCUGUGUUCUGGGUUGGAUGUGGAGCGACCUCUGACCCUGACGGGAUGAGCAGCUUCUAAAGUUUUCUGUCUUCACCUCUUUGUCUUCCGUCUCUUCGAUUGAGGAAAAGACACUUUCACCAAACUUCCCCGAGCAACUGAACAGGAAUCAGGACGGAAGCGAAACCAAGAUUUGAUUGAAACCUUCUGAAGAAUCACUGGUUCCGUUCUGUUUCCAUCGGACCUCGAACCUUCGGCCUUUACCGUACAAAGGAUCCCGAACGCCAACUAAGUCACAUUUUUUUCUGGUGAAUUGAUUUCCAAACUUUGAGAUGAUUGGCUCAUGUUGUAAUGAAUGUUGUGUUACUUGAAGUUGUGGCCUUUCCCCGACAGUGAAUCUGUCAACGUAAGUGAAGGGACUCGAACCUGUGGUGGUAGACGGGGCUUUGAUCCUAUCUGGUUACAAACGUCUCUGAUGGUGGGAUCGGCUCCGCGGUGGAUGCUGGUGAAGUGAGCGGCGCUCCGUAGAUACUUGGAGGUGAUUGGCUGCUCAGCCUCACCGAAAAGGAUUCGGCCAAAUCAAAUGUCAGAUUAUUUUAUGGACUUUAAAUAAAGAUUGUGUUUCAGAAAACCUUCUGAGGGACAUCUCGUGCAAUUCCAGGAGAAACCACGAUUUGAACUCCUCACGUUUCUUCUGUGUCUUUGUGGAAUGAGAUCCGACGGUUGUUUUGCUUUAAAGCCCGAUUGAAGCUCUGCAGUGGUUUGCUCCUGGUGACGUGGAGACAGAUCCACUUCAUCAUGUUGCUGCUGCUCUUUGCCUCGGAGGAGCUAACGUUUGGGGAAAGGAAAAGAGAAGGUGGAGCAAUGACGGAGGAGAUGAAGAUCUGAACCAUCUGAAGGUGAAGAACCUGUUUGUAAAGUAGCUUCAGACAAAGAAAGUUCAUCUGAUGGAAACGAAUUAAAGAAGAUAAUGUUAAUGUUGAUCAAGUUUAUCCACCACAGCACCUAUAUUAUUUUAUGAUUAUUUCAUUGUAACCACAUUAUUAACUGACACAAGCUUCCUGUCGUCCACGGCCUCAUUAAUCACAAGUGAAGCUUCGGGCAUGAAGUGGAUUCUAUAUAACGAUAUAUCAUCUCUGUUACGUGAAAGGUUUUUGGAAGAAGCAGAGGAACUCGUGAGUAGUGAUAGAAGAUGAUAAGGUUUUAAAUGAUCAAUUUAUUAAUGAACUUCAAUAUGAAAAAAAAGACUGAAUCAUAAUUUUCAUCUUUUAUUCAUUCAAAGAAGAAAUUAACAUUCUACAGAAUCAUUUUAUAAAAAGUGACUGAUCAGCUGAUUUUAUAAAGUUGUUUUUUAUGUGACGUACGUGAAUAUUCCAUUAAGCCUCAUUCACUUUUUACUUCUUUUCUGUUUAUUGUUUUCUGUUGUUCACAUAAAAUAUGGUUAUGAACACGGUCGACGGAGCCCAACGUUCCAUUUAUCUCAUCGUUUUUUAUUGUAUUGAACUUUCAAGGCUUUUUGUUGGUUUCGUAUUUUGUACUGUUUGUAUCAGAAAAUAAAGAACAGUGAAUAUUAAGUGAAAGUUCAUGUUACAACGUUUUCUCUGUUUCCAUCAGACUGAAGUCGUUUGAUUUAAACAUCUGUUCUAUUCUCUGUCUUUUGUUUCUGUGUGUGAUCUGAAGUUUUAUAUAAAUACUGAACACUGGUGGAAAAUCCCUUUAAACUGUCUCUUAUAUUGUCGUCAUAAUAAAAACUUUUAAAACUA